CUUGAGGGUUUAACCUGAAAGUCAGCUAAUGUCACUCCACCCUUAAUCCAAUCCUCAGCCCAGACUCUCUUCUCUCCUUCUCUUUCUUUUUGAGAUCUUGCUGCCUGUCUACUAUCAAUCGAACGACUGAUCGAUAAUCUGUUUAUAAUAACCACACCCUCACUCACUGUCAACAAAACUUGUCAAUAAACAACAAUGCAUCGUACAUAUUCCCUGCGGCAGUCUCGGGCUCCGACCGCGUCGCAGCUCCAGAACCCACCGCCUCCACCAUCGACGACUAAGUCGGGGCGCAUUUUUGGCCGGGGCGGCAUUGGCCAUGGAUUGAGGAAGCAUGCUGCUGGCUUCGGUAGCACCGAGCUGAGCAAGAAGCUCGCCCAGCUGGUGAAGAUGGAGAAGAACGUUAUGAGGAGCAUGGAGCUCGUCGGCAGAGAGCGCAUGGAAGUUGCUCAACAAUUGUCGAUCUGGGGUGAGGGAUGCGACGAUGACGUAUCCGAUGUUACCGAUAAGCUUGGUGUUCUGCUCUACGAAAUGGGUGAGCUCGAGGACUCCUACGUUGACCAGUACGAUCAAUACCGUGUCACCAUCAAGAGCAUCCGCAACAUUGAGUCGUCGGUGCAGCCCAGCAGAGACCGCAAGCAGAAGAUCACAGACCAAAUCGCGCAACUAAAAUACAAGGAGCCUAACUCCCCCCGAAUUGUUAUCCUCGAACAGGAGCUUGUCCGCGCCGAGGCUGAGUCGCUCGUCGCCGAGGCCCAGCUCUCGAACAUCACCCGUGAGAAGAUCAAGGCAGCAUUCAACUACCAAUUCAAUGCUCUCCGCGAGCACAGCGAGAAGCUCGCUACUAUCGCAGGUUACGGAAAGCACCUAUUGGAGCUGAUUGACGACACCCCAGUCACCCCUGGCGAGACCAGAGCUGCAUACGAUGGUUACGAGGCCAGCAAGGCCAUCAUCCAAGACUGUGAGGAUGCCCUCACCAACUGGGUCGACUCCAAGGCUGCUGUGAACGCAAAGCUAUCCACCCGCGCACGCACCCUCUCCCAGCGCCGCCGAAACAACAUCGCCCGCAACGCAGAGGGCCACGACCUUUCUGGUCAAGAUAGCGCAUACAAGGACCGCGAGUCUGGCCUGUGGGUCCCAGCUAGCGCGCACCAGGGCGUCGAUGAUUAUGAUGACGAGGAGGAGGAGGACAGGCACUCUGUGCAGGAGAGUGAGAUUCUCAACGGAGAGAGCAGGGGUCGUCUGCACGAGACCUCGGUUGAAGUCUAAUGCGCCGGGAUUUGAAUGGUCUUUCUUUGGUGUUUGACGAGUUGGGAGUUUUGCGGGAAACUUGAUCCCGGAAUCUCAUUGCUUUUUUUUCUUUUUUUUCUACAACAUGUGUUUCGCAAUGACCCGAUGUUAAUAAAAUAAUAUGUUGUUUAUACUUUAGUUUGAAUUUCUGAAAAUGGUAGCCUUAUGAUUCAU